AUGGGAGGCAACGGACACUACAUGGGAUGGUGGGGACACAUGGGCUCCCCCCCUCAGAAGGGUAUCGCUGGAUACACCAUCUCCCCCUUUGCUGCUCGACCCUUCGCCGGUGUCGUGCACGCUGCCAUCUUCAACACCUUCCGACGAACUAAGAACCAGGCUCUCUUUGUCAUCCUGCCCGUCUCUUUCUUCUACUACGUCUGGACCCAGGCCUCUGAGAAGAACGAGUGGCUCUACACCAAGGCUGGCCGACACGAGCUCGCCAAGGCUCUUGCCGAAUAA